AUGCUUCUCCCCGACAGCCCAGAGUACAAAAGGGCCCAGCGCCAGCAUAAAAAGGCUACGAAGAACAGGCCCAUGACCAUUGACCAGGAAUGGACGCCAUUCAGAGCUGCAGAGAAGCGUUUCAAGGCCCGCUUCCCCCCACCCGAUCUCUCUGGAGUGCUUGACCUCGCUUGCAGGGACAAAAGCAGGGUUAGUGAACUCGAUGCUGGUGGUUGGAAAGGCUCAGCGAAUGCUGUGGAAUGCCUGGAGAUCCCACCAAUGAGUGAAACUGGAAACACAAUCGCAUAUCGCUUCCCAACAAUCCAUGGGCUCGUUCUAUUGCCUUCCUUUGUCUCUAAAGAGAAGCAAAGGGAGCUUGUUAUCUGGGCUCUCUCUCGACACGCUCGACAGCCUAACAAUACUAACCUCGACAUUCACUACUUUCUCCCUGAGAACGGUCUCUGGAAUUCUGCUCGAGUCGAUUCCCAGAAAGAUGUGCUUGUCCAACCGCGCGCGCCGCGUUCUACUGAUGUAGAAACAGCAUCUCCUGGCCCCCGCCAGCUCGUUAAUAACACUCCUGCCUCACCUGAAAACUUCCAGUCUAUUAACACCACGCCUAAACCACCGCAAUCCCCUUCACCAUCAGUCCCGCCUGCUUUGGCAUCCUCCUUACUUUACAAGCUACGGUGGGCUAAUAUUGGAUGGUUUUAUCACUGGGGGACCAAGCAAUAUGACUUCUCGAAAGGGAAAGGUACAAUAGAUGGUGAGUUGCAACGCAUCUGCAAAGACGCUGUGAGGUCAGUGGACUGGACGAAGGUCCACGGCUCGAACGACGAUGGUUGGGGAUCAGAAGGACCAGACUGGCAUACGUGGGACGAAACUUACGAACCUGACGCUGGGAUCAUAAAUUUCUAUCAAGAAAAGGAUACUCUAAUGGCUCACGUAGACCGAUCCGAAGUAUGCGCCACCUCUCCUUUGGUCUCGAUGUCCUUGGGAAACGCGGCCGUAUUCUUGAUUGGCGGCCUAACCAGAGAUUCCGAGCCUACUCCCAUCCUUCUGCGGUCUGGGGAUGUGGUCAUUAUGUCUGGUCCUGCAUGCCGACGUGCAUAUCACGGAGUGCCUCGCAUUCUGGAAGGAACACUUCCAGGGCACUUGGAAUCUCGGAGUGUUAAAGAUGAAGUGAUGGCGAAAGAAUGGGAGCCGUAUGAGGCGUACAUGAGAACGACGAGAAUUAAUAUCAAUGUGCGACAGGUGUUUCCGAAAGGAUUCGACCCAUAUGCCAAUGCAACAUAG